GUCCGGCCAGGUUCAGUCAUCGUCGAAGUGUAAGCCCGCGUGGUUGCUAUUGUUGGGGCCUCCCCCGUUUUGCAACGCCUACACCCAACGAACGUGUGAGAACCCCUAGGGGGCAAGCGCCUAAUACACAAAACACUUCCCCGUGUUUGCGUGUCCGACGGAAUCUCCAUUUAAUAAUCAUGUGAGACAGACACUAAAGUGACGGUGGGAACAACGCUUUGUUCACGAAUUACGUUUCCAUUAACAAUGCUGAUGAGUGCUUGAGAAGAGCAGCUUACCUGAACAUCUCUGCGAGUGUUUUAUAUGUAUCCGUAUCUAUAUGGCGGCCUCAUCUCUCACCGUAGCUCAUCGCUCUUAUCAGGUUCGCCUAAUCAGUGUCUAAUCGUGCAAAGUGGCGAUGAUAUCUCGUUGGGAUUGCGAUUGAAGCUCAGCGUGUGCCUAAGAGGCGUAUGUUUUUUUUUGUGUGUUUGUGACCCAUUUAGCACCGAUCUGCUGAAUAAUAUUGAUUAUAUGUGCGAAAAAAUCGAAGAGGAGCUGAAGACAUUGAUUUUUUACCGUCAUAAAUACAGUGAAAAUAUUCCUACGCCAAGAAAUCCGACCGGUGAAGAAAAUGAACCACGAUUCGCUAACUUAGUGAAAUGGCUGUGAAGCUCGCGUGUGACCUGAGCAAAUCCGCGCCACAUCAAACGAAACAAAAAAAAAUGAACCCCCGAAAGUAGUAGCUAGCAAGUAAUUAAAUAUAAAUCAACCCCAUUCGGGCCGAAAGCCAACCAACGAACGUGGGCUUGUGUGUAUCCUGCGAAAAGACCCGGAUUGAGCCACAGAGGACGAAAGAAGGGAACCAUACGAACGGUGGCGCCAUAAAAACAGUGAUUACAUUAGAGGAAAGGAACCAUAGGAGGCAUUGGCUUAUUGUCUCGGACCAUUGUCCUAACCGUGCUCAAACAUGGCCUUCCCGGUGGGGUCUCUUUGGGACGUGGUCGUCAGCGGCACCGGAGGACGCUGGACCAUGGGUACGCUCAUCCUGGCACAUCUGAUUGCGUACAACGAAACCGGUGGCCCAGGUGCGAUGAUUGGGAUGGCAAUCGGCGCUGUGUUUUCCAUUUUUGCCGGUCUAUGCAAAUCGAGCGUUAAAUCGCUCCAAAUGUAUUACAUUCGUACCACCCAUCGGACGGACUUCUUCCACCUGUUUCUCGCCAAGUGGCUGGACAUAUUGGCGCUGUUCUCGGCCUGUGCGGUGCUCGUGAGGACACUCAGCUCGUCGCUCGACGCCAUGACGGGGGGAUUGGUGAGGAUGUACAUUCUCGGUCGUAAUUCCCCCGCCAACGAACCGUGGCCGGAUGUAAUUGGUGUAAUGGUUAUUUUUCUCAUCUCCGGAAUGUUUAUGCUCGGACUGGAAAACACUAAGAUUUUCGGUUUUCUUAUGUUUCUGGGGGUGGCUGCGGUGGGAACGAUAAUCGGUGUUGUCACUGGCUUGAGAGGCAACUUUAAACAGUUCACCAGCGAACCCAUUCUGCCGGAGGGAAUCUCUGGGCUACUUUCUGGCGCGGCGCUAUCAACGUUUAGCUUCUCGAAUGAUCUUUUUAACGGCAAUUAUUGCAGGCGAUUAUUGGGAUUAGUUGUUAUUCUGGUUGUUUUGCUAUCUAACGAACUUAUUGGUAUGUGUUUGACGACAUUGACUAAAUUUAGCACUAAUCGCGACUAUGAAGCCGUCCCGAUGUUGGCGAUUCUAGAGAAUAAGGACUUUCAUAAGGCAAUCCCCGCUAUCGCCUGUCUGCUGGUGCUAACCUGUUCCGGAGCUUUGCUGGAACUGUUUCCGGAAAUGUACUACCAAAUAGUGCAACUGACAACUUCCGAUUGGAGAAUUCUUGCCAAGCAAAUAGGGUACGAGAACAAAGACAGUGGAAGUCCGAUCCUAGCGGUGUUUACUGGAGGAAGUUUGUGCGCUAUGCUGGCCUUCGCAUGUCCGCUGGAGAAUUUAAUCUACAUCCUGGCAGCGAGUAAUGUGUUGGCAACCUUCCUAAGGGCCUUUUACUUGUUGUAUAUACCCUUCCGGCCACAGUAUACCGAGCAGCAAAGCGACUCUUCGCUAGCAUACAGUCGACUCAAUUCUUCCAUCAAACCACCAUCUUCCCAGUCGAGUAGCCACAAGUCGAAGAAAUCGGUGUGGUUCUUCAAAAGGCCUUCCACAGUAUCCCUAGCCCAUCACGUCCUGCCAAGCAACCGUGCCAACAAGAGCAACGCCCGGGAGGAACACGAACGCGAGUGGCUGCUGCUGGGGGAGCCACCCUCGCCGAAGGCUCCCGACAUCCCACCAAACAUGGAAUCGACCGUUCUUUCGGAUCAGACCUCCGACAUCGAGUGUAUUGCCCUGGCGAAGCCGGAGAAUUGCGACACCGACGAGGAAAGCUCCACAGACAUAGACGCCAUCGUGGAUGAGUAUCGACAGAAGAUGACGGUUUCCACGGCUGGUCCACUGGACAGUAACACGCUGCGACUUCCGACGGCCACAAGCUGGCGGUUCGCACUGCUGCUGAUCGCACUAAUCAUCGGGGGAAGUAUCCUUACUUCGACAGGUCUGAUGCUGUGGGAGAUGAAUUCAGUUAUCGUAGGAGCGAACGCGGUUUUAAUUCCGUCCACAAUUUUGAUGCUAAUCCCUCGGUACGCUCAAACGACGUCAACCUCGCCGGCGGUCAUUACUUGUGCGGUAACUAUUCUGGCAUCCACAAUCCUAUUCGCGGCUUCGUUUCUACAGUCAUGGCCCGCACUGCUUCUAUGGUUUUUCGCAGGUCUAUUCCUGUUCAUCCGAUGUGACACGUGGUGUUGCCUUUGUUUGGAGCGUCCGACUUCGGACCACCAUCAGACGCUGAUUGCUAGUGUAUCCGGUACUAAAACCACCAUCCGAGUGCCCCGACCCCCGAAGGGAUCAAUAAUUCCAGCCCGCAUCGUGGGCCACAGCUGACACCACUCGGAUAGCUCCGACAGUGAAUUCUACGAGGAGGAGGACACCGUCGAGGAAUGGACCGAUUGAUGGGUGCCAGCAGGGUAUGAUGUACGACGUAUUUGAACAUCUGGUUGUUGUGUGUUGACCCCCAAAGAAGUAAAAAACAAUAUCAAAACAAAUCCGUUGCUCCCAAAACCUAGAUGAAACUAAGUGUGAUUUCGCAAUAAUGGUGGGAACCAUUUCCAAACAAUGAAAAAAUAAAUAACGAAAAUACGUUUGAAUGUGAUAUAUGUGAUUCGGUCAACGGAACCGAACUGAGCUGUUUAGUUGUAACGAUUUUCUCUUAAAUGUCAAUUUGAACAGAGCGAGAGCAGCACAUCACCGUUUACGUGUGGAGGGAGGUGUUAAUAACUAUUAUUACAUUACGUCAAGCAAUCACGGCAAAAAGUAUUAAGCGGGAGACUGCGAAAUGAUUUACUAGCAAUUUCCUAUUCAAUCGAAGUAUUGCAGCAACAAGCAAGCAAAACGUUAGGUAGUAGACAGCAUUUUGAAGAUUUAUUAACGUAGAAUAGCAAUGCAAAAAAAAGAGAGCAAACAAACGAUUAAUCUAUAUUUACUUGCAAAAUAGAUAGAUUUUCUUGCGAGAACCAGUUUAAACAUCUCACAGAAUGGCGGCCUUUAGGUAGAAUUCUUUUUUGUAACUAAGCAUAGCCAGAUCAGAAGGAAAAUAGCAUUAUUUUAAACGAAUACCAUAUAGGCGUAAUUUGCAGCUCAGAGGAUUAUAUUAGUGUUUUGCUGCUUGCAUUGAGACGAAUUUUAAAAUGUGAUCGAUAAAUAAGUGGAGGCGUACUGGGAAGAGUUUUAAUCGUCGCGAUCUGUUUUACUUGAGGACGAUUUGGAAACUUCAAUUCAGUGUAGGUAGGGAAUUCAACAGAUGGAGGAAGAAAAUACAAAGAACAUCCCGUGGGAUUGUUUUGAUACAUGUUUUCGCGUUACCAAAAAUACAUUAUUGCUGUCAUUUUAACCGUAUCUUAAGCAAUGUUUCUUUGUACCUUUGAUCUCUUUGAAAAGCUGUUCAUUGGAUUGCAUGUUCGAUUGAGGCUAUUUAGUUUUAAGAAUUUCAAAAGAGGAAGUAAUAAAAUGUUGAACGAUG